AUGUCCUCGCGAGACCAGAAAGUCCCAGAAAUCCCCACUGAGCCGCCAGACGAGACGGAUCUGUACCUGAUCUUGGGCGUCAAAGAAGAUGCCACCCCGGAGCAGAUCAAGUCAGCUUACAGGAAGCUGGCUCUAAGACAUCACCCUGAUAAGGCUCCAGCAGAUGCUAGGGAGGAGGCCAACCAACAGUUCCAGAAGAUCGCCUUCGCCUACGCGAUAUUGUCUGAUCCGCGUAAACGACAGCGGUUCGAUUCGACAGGUAGCACUGCUGAAGCGGUCGAAUUGGAUGACGAUUUUGAUUGGGUGGAUUAUUACCGGGAACAAUUUUCCACCGCUAUCGACACGAACGCUCUCGAGAAGUUUAAGAAUGAAUACCAGGGAUCUGAGGAAGAGGGAAAAGACGUGCUGGCCGCUUUCGAGACCUACGGGGGUGACAUGGACCGGGUCUACGAAUCGGUAAUGCUGUGCAAUGUUCUAGACGACGACGAACGCUUUCGUGCCAUCAUUGACAAAGCUAUUGAGACUGGGAAGGUUAAAGGAUACAAACAGUAUACAGAAGAACCAGAGAGAAAACGGCAACAGCGACUAAAGCGUGCACAGAAAGAGGCGAAAGAGGCAGAGAAACUAGCCAAGAAGCUAGAGAAAGAGAAGGAGGUGGGCAGCGCAAAAGCGGGGGGGCGAAAGUCCAACAAGGGCAGCGCGGUAGAGACAAAUGAUUUGGCAGCCCUGAUCCAGCAGCGUCAGGCGUCGCGCGCCGAGUCUUUUUUCGACCGACUAGAAGCUAAGUACAACCCUUCAGGGAAGAAGCGAGUGGCGAUGGAUGAGCCUCCGGAUGAGGCGUUCGAAGCCACCGCUGCACGGAGGGGCUCGAAGAAGACAAAAUCCAAGACAAGGGCAUAG